UCAGCAAAGAAAAUUUAAGCAGCUUUACAAAAGUUUUUGUGAAAUACAAAUAAAAAAUUCUAGUUUAUUAAUAUUAAAAUUAACACAUUUCUUAAAGAGUUUAUCCAUUUUAAGAAAAAUCGAGAUGUCUAUUAUAAUUUAUUUUCUUUUCUUUUUCCAAUUUUUAACAUUCAUAGCAACAGAUACAACAGUCUCAACUGAUUCAACUACUUCAACAGUUUCAACUGAGUCAACGACAACAACGACAACAACGACAACAACAACGACGACAACAACUCAGGUUCCACCAUUUUCAUCAGCAAUCUGCACAGGAACUAAUGAAAUGUACUCUCCUAAUGCUUUAUACGUAACAUGUCAAGGUUCUUGUGCCUAUCCCUCUGGAGAGCUAAAUUGCCCUCAGGGCUACUAUCCUGGUUGUGUUUGUAUCUCAGGAUAUACCAGGAACGCAAAUUAUGCAUGCAUUCUUAUUACAAACUGUCCUGCAACAACUACAACUGCCGCUUCAACUACAUGUACAGCCAAUCAAACAUACGAUGCCAGAGCAGCAUCUCUUGAGUGUAGACCAACCUGCCAAAAUCUUUCAGGAACUGUAUAUUGUAGAAUGGAUCUUUACCCAGGAUGUGUUUGUCAAAAAAAUUACGUUCUUACUAACAGCACUAGCAACAAUUGUAUCUCCAUGCUUGACUGUUGAUUGUUUAAAAUAACAUUGCUUAUUUAUACAAUUACAAAAGCUAUCAUGAGUGCAUUAUUGGGAUUUUAUAAAUAUUGUAAUUUUUAUUGGAAAUUCAGUAAAAAGUAAUACAACA